CGCGCAGUUUACAGUCUGCCCAGUUCGAUCGGCAACGGGAGCGGGAGGAAGAAAGCAGAGAGCCCGAAGGCAGCAGCCCCCCCACCACCGCCGGCCCAGGUUACCAUCUUGCACCGGGAGAGACAACAGAGAGCCGCCGCCGGCAGAAGCCAUUACCAACCAGUAGUAACCAUGAGCAGCGAGGCCGAGGUACAACCACAGGUCCAGCAGCCUGCUGUCGACGUGGAGAGUCCAUCCAGCCCGGUAGUUGCAGCUUCCGCGGGGGAUAAGAAGGUCAUCGCCACAAAAGUCCUAGGUACAGUGAAGUGGUUCAACGUCAGGAAUGGAUAUGGUUUCAUCAAUAGGAAUGACACUAAAGAGGAUGUUUUUGUACACCAGACAGCCAUCAAAAAGAACAACCCGAGAAAAUACCUUCGCAGUGUUGGUGAUGGAGAAACUGUGGAGUUUGACGUAGUUGAGGGAGAGAAAGGCGCAGAGGCGGCAAACGUCACCGGGCCAGGGGGCAUCGCGGUCCAGGGAAGCAAGUACGCCGCCGACAGGAACCGCUACAGACGCUACCCCCGAAGGAGGGGUCCCCCCCGCGGCGGCGACUAUCCCGACAACUAUCAGAGUGACGGAGAGGGCGAGGCGGGUACCGGAGGCCGUGAAGGCAAAGGCGGCCGGGAUGGCGGAGAGAGUGCCCCCGAGGGAGACGUGCAACAACAGCCACGUAGACCUGCGUACCCUGGCAGACGGCGCUACCCACCAUACUUUGCCAGUGAGGGUGAUGAGAACCAGGGGGCUCCAGACCAGGGAAACAAACCCGCCAGGCAGAACUACUACAGAGGCUUCCGGCCAAGGGGUCCACCCCGUCCCAGACCGGUGCGGGACGGUGAGGAGGACAAGGAGAAUCAAGGAGGCGAAGGGGGUACCAACCAGCAGCCUCGCCAGCGACGCUUCCGCCGCAAUGUAAACUACCGCCGCCGACCGCGUCCACCCACUGGCGGUAAACCCGGCCAGGACACCAAGGAGGCCAAGGCGGGAGGCGAUGCCUCUGUAGAGAAAACGGCCGCUCCCGAGGCCCAGCAGGGUGGGGCUGAGUAGGGAAACAACCCGCCCACCGGCACCUACCAUCUUUUACCAUCGUCCGGGUGAGUGUAUCUAAAAUUGCAUGUAGUUGUGCCAUGACGACAAUGAGCCGUGGACUAAAUUCCAACUUUUCCCUCUGCAGUUUUUUUUUUUUUUUUUUUUGUCAACAAGAAACAUCCAAGAUCAGAGCAAUAAAGAUUUGACUUGAUGACCGUCACAAGCUUGCACCAUGGAUUUGAACAGAUUACCACCUAUUGCCUGCAGGUUCUAUGCAGAUGUUUUUUUCCUUCUUUUUAGGUGACAGCUAGAACACAUUUUGGGGAAACGACACGUUUUUCUAAAUCUGUCCUGAGUUUUUACACCAAAUGUUUUUAAGAAAAAAAAAAAAAAAGAAAUUUGAUAUCUUGUCAGUUUGACAUUUUUAAAUGACUUUUUAUCUAUUCAAACAUUUUAACAAAAUGCAAGCUCAAAUAAAAGUCCAAAAACCA